AUGUUAACACUUUAUUCAACAAGUCAUUGUGAAGAUCGAGAUAUUUUACUUGUUUCUUCUUCUUGUAUUAUUAUUCAAGUUCUAGCUCUGAACUAUGAUCAACAUGUAGUCACAGAAGAAAGAAAGAUCAAUAAGCCUGCAGUUUUGUCGACUAAAGAGAGCUUAGAUGGGGAACUUGUUGAUUUCGUUAACACAAAAAAACAAGAAGCUCUUGAUCACCCUCUUUUGAAAGGCCACAAAUUUCAGAGAGUGCCCAUACGACGGAGCACAAUUGAUGAUGAUGUUAUGAAAGUAAAUUCAAGGUCUACCUUCAGAAACAAACAAGACUUCUCUUUCUAUCGCAAACCACAUUCAGAUGGACAGACCGAGCGUGCAGUGGCGCGUUAUCAUUCAACAAUAAGCAGGAUAGAAGGGGUAGAGGUGCGAAUAAACCUAUGGCAACCGUCAGUCGAUAUAGAGAAGGCGUAUAGCAGCUCUCAAAUUUGGAUUGAAUCAAACGUAAAUGCAAAUGGAAAUGAAAAUCGAAAUGUGAUUGAAGUCGGAUGGCACAUUGUCCAGGAUUUCAACAAGAUCAUGGUGUAG